UGUGUCGGAGCCGCUCGGCGCCUUCAGACAAAGCUCAGCUAACAGGCUAACGGCUCGUUAGCUAGCCAAACACCGCGGUAACAUCUGCAAAGAUCGGCGUUUUAAACCAACGGAUCCGCUCUCUGCGCGGUUCAUAGGAGAACUAAUGUCCCCACGUCUCCCCCAGCACUCGCGCAGAAACCGCCACAGCCGCUAAAAAUACAGUUAACGGCCUUUCGUGUCUUCGGUUGUGCCAUGGGAGUUUGUCUCCUGGGGGGAAACAUCGAGCUGAAGCAUCAACAGCAACCACGCCUGAAUUGAACACACACUAACACACACCUGUGUGCCCACACACACACACACACACACACACACACACACACACACACCCUCAGACCACAGAGGGAGUUGUUUUUUCACCCUCAGGUCAGACACUGUCGUCCCACGGUGCAUUGCUGCGUCACCGUCGUCCACCAUGUCGGACGCCCCCGAGGCUGCGCCCCCCAGCCCCCCUCCCCUCACCAACCCACCCCCCCCUGAGGUCACCAAUCCCACCAAACCUGGCAGAAAAACCAACCAGCUGCAGUACAUGCAGAACGUGGUGGUGAAGACUCUGUGGAAACAUCAGUUCGCCUGGCCUUUCUACCAACCUGUGGACGCCAUCAAGCUCUGUCUGUCGGACUACCACAAGGUGAUCAAGAACCCAAUGGACAUGGGAACCAUCAAGAAACGUCUGGAGAACAAUUAUUACUGGAGCGCCAGUGAGGCCAUGCAGGACUUCAACACCAUGUUCACCAACUGUUACAUCUACAACAAGCCGACAGACGACAUCGUGCUCAUGGCUCAGGCUCUGGAGAAGAUCUUCCUUCAGAAAGUGGCUCAGAUGCCUCAGGAGGAAGUGGCUCUGCUGCCGCCAGCGCCCAAAGGGAAGAACAAGAGCAAGCAGCCGGCUGCUGCCACCACAGUGAGUCAACAGGCCGAGUCUUCAGCCUCCCCUCCCCCCUCCUACCCCUCCCCUUCCCCCUCUCAGACCCCUGUUAUCUCCACCACGCCCACACCUGUCCAGGCCACGCCCCCUGUCUCUGCCCCGCAGCCCCCGGCAACCAUGAUGCCAUCUGCACAGCCUGUUGUGAAGAAGAAAGGUGUGAAGAGGAAAGCCGACACCACCACUCCGACCACGUCCGCCAUCUCUGCCGGUCGCGCUGACUCUCCGUCUGCUCAGGACUCUAAAUCGGCCAAGCUGGGCUCAUCCCGCCGCGAGGCCGCCGCCCGCCCCGCUAAGACCCGCCGUGAGACGGGCGAAGAGGUGGCAGGGGGUGAAGUGGGAGGCGGAGGAGGAGGAGCCAUAGGAAGGAAGAGUGGGAAGGUGGGCGAGCAGAUGAAACAUUGCGACGCCAUUCUUAAGGAGAUGCUGUCGAAGAAACACGCCGCCUACGCCUGGCCGUUCUACAAGCCGGUGGACGCCGAGGCGCUGGAGCUGCACGACUACCAUGACAUCAUCAAACACCCCAUGGACCUCAGCACCGUCCGGAAAAAGAUGGAUAAAGGAGAGUACAACGAUCCUCAGAGUUUUGCGACUGACGUCAGGUUAAUGUUCUCCAACUGUUACAAGUACAAUCCUCCAGACCAUGAGGUGGUGGCCAUGGCCCGCAAGCUGCAGGAUGUGUUUGAGAUGCGUUUCGCUAAGAUCCCAGACGAGGGCCUGGAGACGUCGGUCCCGUCUACGACACCAUUGGUCAGUAAAAGCACCGCCUCCUCUGACAGCAGCAACAACUCCUCCUCUGACGAAUCGUCUGACUCUGAGGAGGAGCGAGCCACGCGAUUGGCUGAGCUACAGGAGCAGGUUGGUGCUGCCGAGCAAUCACAGUUGAAGGCGGUGCACGAGCAGCUGGCCGUCCUGUCCCAGGCUCCGGUCAGCAAGCCAAAGAAGAAGAAAGAGAAGAAAGACAAGGAGAAGAAGAAAGAGAAAGACAAAGACAAAGGGAACAAGGGAAAGAUGGAGGAAGAGAAGAAGCCGAAGGCUGUCGCCCAACAGCCCAAACCAGCCAAUCAGAAGAAGGCGCCAGCCAGGAAAGCCAACAGCACGGUGACCGCCACCAGGCAACCGAAGAAAGGCAGUAAGACGUUGGGCGGGGGCUCAGCCAACGGAGAAGACGGCGAAGAGUCUUCCCUGCCGAUGUCGUACGACGAGAAGCGCCAGCUGAGCCUGGACAUAAACCGGCUGCCGGGGGAGAAGCUGGGUCGCGUCGUCCACAUCAUCCAGUCCAGAGAGCCGUCACUGAGGGACUCCAACCCCGACGAGAUCGAGAUUGACUUCGAAACCCUCAAACCCUCCACCCUCCGAGAGCUGGAGCGCUACGUCAAGUCCUGCCUGCAGAAGAAGCAGAGGAAGCUACUGCAGAAGGCAGCAGGAGGCGGGGCCUCAGGAGGCGGGGCUAGUCGUUUGAGUGGCAGCUCUUCUUCCUCCUCUGAUGACAGCUCCUCAACAGGAACCUCCUCUUCCUCCGACACAGACUGAACAUACACACACACUGAUCGCACACACAGAGGUUUAUCCACUCUAUACACACACACACACACACACACACACACACACAGGAACUCGAUCUAUACAGUUAACAUGCAAACACAGAUCGACACACACAUCAUGUAAACUUCCAUCCUGAACAGACACACAAAGACAGAGACUCACACUCUGAACUUCUUACAGCACACACACCCACACACACACACACACACACACACACAUACACACACACACACACACACAUACAUAUGAACCAUACACACACACCCAGACUUGGAGACUGUAUGUAAAUAGGCUGACCUGUUUUUUAGCUCCUAGUGUUUUUUUUUUUGUUUUGUUUUUUUCUUUUUUCUUUUUUUUUUCGUUUCCUGGAGGAAUGCAGAGACAGAGGAGACGAAGAAGAAACAACAACUCAGCAAGAGGAGAAGAAGAGGAGGAGGAGGGAGUUCUUCUCUGAACACUGGAGCCUCGCUGCCACGCAGAGAAGGAAAAUCACUGAGGCUUUCUUCUUCUUCAUCUUCUUGGAUGGCCGGCUGUGACCCCUGACCUCUGAACACAUUCCAGCAGCAUCUAUAGAGCAUCAUCAUGAGGAGGAGGAGGAGGAGGAGGAGGAGGAGAAGAAGAUCUCAGUGGGUUUCAGACAUGGAUUGAUUUGGAGGCGGAGCUGUCAGCAGGAGAGCAGAAACUGAACAGUUCAUGUUCCUCAGAUUUUAGUUUUCAGGGUGGAGACGCCUGAGAGAGUUCAGAGCAUCAUGGGACACUGAACCACACGGGACGUGGUCUACAGGACCGAUCAGGGUCUCAGGACAGACUAGUUCUCAUCAGGUCUGCAGUGAAGUCUGUGAUCACUGUUUAACGCCAGCUGCUGAUGAAUCAUGUGAAAGUGUCCGAGCUGAGAGAGCAGGAAGAGUCUGAGACCACAGACCAGAGACAUCAGACCACAGACCAGAGACAUCAGACCAGAGACAACAGACCAGAGACAACAGACCACAGACCAGAGACAACAGACCAGAGACCACAGACCAGAGACCACAGACAACAGACCAGAGACCACAGACCAGAGACAACAGACCAGAGACAACAGACCACAGACCAGAGACAUCAGACCAGAGACAUCAGACCAGAGACCACAGACAACAGACCAGAGACAACAGACCAGAGACAACAGACCAGAGACAACAGACCAGAGACAACAGACCACAGACCAGAGACAUCAGACCAGAGACAACAGACCAGAGACCACAGACAACAGACCAGAGACCACAGACCAGAGACAACAGACCAGAGACCACAGACAACAGACCAGAGACCACAGACCAGAGACCACAGACCAGAGACCACAGACCAGAGACAACAGACCAGAGACAAAAGACCAGAGACCACAGACCAGAGACAACAGACCACAGACCAGAGACAACAGACCACAGACCAGAGACAACAGACCACAGACCAGAGACAACAGACCAGAGACAACAGAUCACAGACCACAGACCAGAGACAACAGACCAGAGACCACAGACAACAGACCAGAGACCACAGACCAGAGACAACAGACAACAGACCAGAGACCACAAACAACAGACCAGAGACCACAGACCAGAGACAACAGACCAGAGACAACAGACCAGAGACCACAGACCAGAGACCACAGACCAGAGACCACAGACCAGAGACCACAGACCAGAGACCACAGACCAGAGACAACAGACCAGAGACCACAGAUCACAGACCACAGACCAAGGACUGUUAAUGUCUCAUGAACACACAGAAAUCAUUUGAUCAGAACCAAGUCAGAGGUCAUACUGAGUCAGCUGUUGGUGGUUGUCAUGGCAACCUAAAUGCGUGAAUGAUUUUUGUCUGAAUUUGAGGAUGAUUCAGGAGACAUGUUCUCACAGAUGUUUCCAGACCAGGACUCAGACUCUCAGUAACAGGGGACUGAUGGUGGACAGGUGUCUCUCUGCAGCGAGUCUCAGGUGUGUGCAGGUGUGUUUUAAAACCAGCAGCUGAUUGGUCGUCCACUGAAACCAGGUCCAGGUCUGUGUUUUUAGAGCCAAACCCUCUGAGACCAAACCUGUCCUCUGCUGGUCCUGCAGCCCAAACCCACAACCUACUGUCCGCCCUGGGGUCAACACUGGGAGGGUGGGGCCACCGGACCCUGAACCCCCCCAUCCCUCAUCCCUCAUCCAGCGCCGGCUCUGUCAGCAGAGAUGAGACAGACUUUUUUUUUUAACACUACAUUUGCUUCAUUUCUGUUUAUUUGAUUUUCAGGUUGUGUGCUGAACUUGUUUGUGUCUUAUAAGGUUCUCUAUAUAAAAUGUCUUUGUACCGCUGUCCUGAUCCAGACCCCCCCCUCCACCCCCGCCAAAACAAAACCACUCAUACUGUAACCCCCCCACAGAUACUUCAGACCUGAACUCAGAUGUGAGGAGGAUAGUGACCUCGUUAAUGUUUUAACGAUUCUUCAUUUAGUAAAGAACAAAGAGUCAGAGUCUGGGAGCUUCUUUAGACCAGGACCCAGAGUUCUGGUUCAGUCUGCUGCGGCCCGGUUCGUCUCCCAUGAGCCCACAGCACCUGUAAAAUCACAUUUUAAAGGAUUUCUCAGUUUUUUAAAAAUGAGUUUUAGUCUUUGGAACAUCUGAAAUUUAAAGGAAGUUUGGGUCAGGUCACAAAGAUUCCACUUUGUUUUCAUUUUACACACAAAGAAGAAUGAAGCAAGAAAAAUGAAACGGGUCAAAGUUCAGCAUUCAGCUCCAGUUUUAAAUUUUACAAUCACUUCAUUGAACCUGGUUUCAGUGACGUGUGUUCCGAUUGGCUGCAGCAGAGCUGAAUCACCUGGAUCCUUCACAACUGUUUCUUCUUCAUGGCCUCUAGACCUCCACCUGUAGACCUGUGGUUGAAAGCUCCACCGCCCUUUAAUGAACCUUAGUCUGACCCCAGUCCAACUUUGACCCUCCUCAGGAGGUGUCCUCACCUUUCCAAGGCGUUUGAUACGACCUCACAGCAGCAGGUCUGUGGUACGAACUGGUCUCUGAUCCGGACCGGCCUCUGGUCCGGACUGGUCCGUGGUCCGGACUGGGUCACAGUGGUGUUAGAGUUCAGUCCAGGACCUGAGGAAGACUUUGUGUCUUGUGGGUCCAGGUUGAGCUAAAGGGAAGACGAACUUCAGCCGUCUGAUGCUCUGCUCUGAUUGGUCGGUUGUGAUGGUCAGUGACGUCACAGGUGUGCUGCUGUGGUGAUGUCAGAGCAAUGCGUCUCUGAAACCUCAGAAAUGUUUCCUCCUGCAGGAACUUUUCCAACUCUGACUGAUCAUGAAUGCAUCAUUGUUUUGGGGGGGGGGGGGGGGGUUGGGCCUCAGUCUGUUACUAACCUCAGUGCUGCUGCUGAUCAGUUCAAUCAGAUUAAAUCAUGUGACUCACCUGUCCGUCUGUCUGCUGUUCAAACUGUGAUGUCAUCAAAUUUGACCUUUGACCUCUGCAGAUCAAUUUGACAGACAGCUGUCAUGUGUUUGUGUGGGCGGAGCCAAUAGGAGCCCCUUCUUCAGGAACGUUCCUGUCUCGUUCAGCUGAACCUGCACACACAUUUCUGAUCAAUACACAUUAUUGAUCAGAGUGAUCACAGACUGAGCGGGGUUCAUAUAUGAUGUCAUAUAUAUAUAUAUAUAUAUAUAUAUAUAUAUAUAUAUAAAGCAGCAGCUGUUUUUCUAUUGGCUCUCACCUGAGACUCCACCCACACAGGAAACACACUGUUGAUGUUUUGAAUUUGUGGUUCAGUUUCCAACAGAAGUGGAGGGAGGAGUCAGGAGACAGGACACACCUGUCUGUCUGCUGGUUCCGGUGGUGUGUCUGACCUCGGCUGCUGAUGUCUGGCGCAGAUGUGGUCCAGUACCAGGCAGCGACAGCAGACGCAGAGAUCAUGUGUGUUUACCUGUACAGGCUGAGAAAAAUACUUUUUCACCUGCACACAGCUGACCAAUCAACUGACAGUCACUGGAAGCAGCUGAUUGGUGGAGCUCGUUAGGAUUUAAAAUAUUUGACCCUGAUUGAUUAUUGAUUAAUGAUCUGUUCAGGUUCAGCGAGACGGAGAAGUCAGAAAUGAUGAUUGAUGGAUGAUUCAUUGAUCUUAUCAUUGAUGAAUCUGAUUGACUUUGUUUCCGUGGAGCGUCAGAUCUUAGACCAGGUGUGCAGGUGGAGGUGGGUGUGGUCAGUCGUUACCAUGUGACCUUCACCUGAUUCGUCAUCUGAAACCAGACGUUCAGUUUUCUUUUGUACAUUUUUCAGACUAGAACCAACCAACCAAUCAUAAAUCAAAAAGGACGUUUCCCCCGGUCGGUCAGACAGACAGACAGACAGACAGUUGGACAGCUUGUUGCCACAGUAACCCUCCUCUGUUUGUUUUUAGUUGAUGGUCGAGCUUUGAUGCUAAUAGUUAAUUUUUGUAUUUUAAUAAGAAAAAGGAAAAAAGUGAUUUUAUGUAUUUGCAUGCACUCCGGCCGUACGUUCUUCUUCCGUAUGUUGAGCACUGUAUAGUAGCUGUAUAGUAGCUGUCUGAGGUUUAGACCCAACUCCGCUCGAUAGAGUAGAGACGCAGAGAGAGAGAGAGAGAGGACGAACGAACCAACAAACCAACAAGUGAAUUAUUUGAUGUAAUUACUGAUAUGGGAUCCUUAUUUUCUGAGUUCCUUUGUUUUCAUAAAUAAACACAUAAACCGAC